AUGAAAUUUGUCCCAUCUCUAUUUGCAGUGAGCUUGGCUGCCUUGGGUGCAUUGGCUGCCCCUGUUGAAGAGCGUGGUCCACCUGCACAUGCAUUGUCAAAGCAAUUAUACAACCGAUUGACUAUCAAAGGCUUGACCCGGCACACUGACAAGUUCCAAUCGUUCGCUGAUGCCAAUGGUGGUAAUCGAGUUUUUGGAUCCAAGGGCCAUAAUGAAACCAUCCAAUACUUUGUGGAUCAAACCAAACCCUACUAUGAUGUGACCGUGCAACCCGCUACUUUCAAUUAUACCGAAACGGUCAAGGAAACGGUCGAGUUUGCGGACCCUUCUGCUUCUUCAAGCCAAGAUGAAAUCAAGGUCAAGCUUAUGACUUACAGCUCCAGCACACCUGAAGAGGGCGUCACUGGUGAAGUCGCUGUGAUCCCUAAUAAUGGCUGCAAGGCUGAAGAUUAUGGUGAAGACGUCAAGGGCAAGAUUGCGUUGGUCGUGCGAGGUGAAUGUGCCUUUGGUGAUAAAGCAACUUUGGCCGGCAAAGCAGGUGCAGUGGGUGUCCUCGUAUACAACAAUGAGGAAGGUGAUGUCAAUGGUACCUUGGGUGGUCCUGUUAAAGGCGCAGCACCUGCUGGUGGUAUUUCCAAAGAGCAUGGUGAACUCUUAAAAAAGCUAGCUUCAGAAGGCAAAGUUACUCUCAAAUUGACCCUCGUUGAAUUCCACGAGGAGCGCAGCACCGCCAAUGUUUGUGCACAAACAAAGAGUGGUAACAAGAAGAACGUGAUCGUGGUGGGUGCUCAUUCGGAUAGCGUUGUUGCUGGCCCUGGUAUCAAUGACAACGGUUCAGGAUCAGCUGCCUUGUUGGAGGUGGCUCACCUCUUCCGCAAUGUGAAGCCAAAAAAUAGCGUCAGAUUCUGCUGGUGGACUGCUGAAGAAUUCGGCUUGCUUGGUGCUGAGCACUAUGUCAAGAACCUCUCUGAAGAAGAAAAGAACAACAUUGCAUUGUAUCUCAACUUUGAUAUGGUUGCAAGCCCUAACGCUAUCAAUGGUGUAUACAGCCCAAGUGCCUCGGCAGAAGGUGUUGAUGCUCCUGCUGGAUCCACUGCUAUUGAGAAAAUCUUCGUUGACUUUUUCAAGGAGCACCAUGGUUAUUCAACCCCAUCCGAAUUCAAUGGCAGAAGUGACUAUGGUCCCUUCAUUGAAGCUGGUAUUCCAAGUGGUGGUACUUUUACUGGUGCUGAAGGUAUCAUGACUGAGGAAGAGGCUAAGCAAUAUGGUGGCCAAGCUGGUGUUGCCUAUGAUGAGAACUACCAUGCAGCAGGAGACACCGUAGACAACCUUAACCAUGAUUUCUUCUUAUUGCACGCAAGAGCCAUUGGUCAUGCUGUUGCCACUUACUCGGAUUCCACUGCUGAUGUCGAUGCUGAAAAAGGAAACAGCACCAAUGCUAAGCCUAUCAAGAGCACUUUGGCUCUUCCUGCUAACGCUCAAGUCAAGCCUGUAUAUACAGCAUGCGGGUCCCAUGCUGUGUAUGACAUGUAA